AUGUCCAAAGGCGAGAAAAUUGUAGUCGAAAGAGUUAUACAACGCAAAGGUUGUUAUGUCACGUGUGAGUUGGUGGAGAAAUUUAUCAACGAGUACUUAGAUGAUCGAGACCAGGUCCAGAUCUCAGUGCGCAUCGAUGUUCUGGACCGCGCAUAUCAAAAUUUCUUAGAGGCUCAGGCCGAAAUAGAGAAAAAUGAAAAACAAGAAUCGUUGGACGCCCGCUUCAUGGAACGUAUAGAUUUCGAAGAACGAUAUUGUGUUGCCAAAGGGUUUCUUCUGUCGAAACGUUCUGUUGAUGCUCAUGAGUUAGCACUCAACAGUUCUGCAAAUUCUAAUACCGUACCAUCUGCUGCAAACCAUCACUUACGUCUACCGAAGAUUGAUCUCCCAAAAUUUAAUGGUGACUUUUCCCGUUGGAUGACCUACCGAGACACAUUCCAAUCGAUGAUACACGUUAAUGCUGAGAUUCCCGCAGUUGUCAAGCUCCAGUACUUACUGCAAUCAUUAGAAGGAGAAGCUAAAAAGCCAUUCGAGAGCACUGAUGUUAUAGCCGAUAACUAUGGUAUAGCUUGA